CUAUUGUUAAGUUAAAUUAUAACAUAAGCAUGUUCUGUAAUUUCGGAAAGUUAUGUGUGAUAUUAUUUUUUACUUUCAGUUUAGAGAACAAUGAAGGAGCAAAGAGAGGGCAUAGCGACGGUCCAGCAUGGUUUUUACAUUGCUGGGAUAGUGCACCUAACCAUCUAAUGGACCCCUUCUGUCCGCCAGGUUGUGGAACACCACCAAACACAGACAACGGCUACUACAAUGCUCCUGUUAACACUAGCCUCAACUCCAUCGUCGUUUACACGUGUAACGCCGGGUAUUAUCUAGAUGGGGGAGAUAUUAUCAUGUGUAACAAGACCGAAGGAUCCACGUCGCCAUCCUGGACCAAGACACCAGAGUGCAAACGCAAGUGCGGCGAUAUACCACACAUAAGCAAUGGCAGUUUUCAACAGACCGAUCAAAAUGUAGCAGGAGCAGUCGUGGAAUAUACAUGUGAUGCGGGGUAUCAAUUUUCGAAUUGGAGUAAUAUCACGUGCCUUCCAGAUGGACAGUGGAGUGAGGUGCCGUCAUGUAUCACAGAAAAAUAUUGUUUGCCUCUACCAUAUAUCGACAAUGGAGGAAUAAUUGUUGACAACAACACGACAAAUGAAACCGCAACAACGACAACGUCUGUGCCAAUCACUACAACAGAAGUAGCCGAUACCACAACCACAUCUGGCGAUCUAUUUAUCACUUCAGAGGCGAAUAAUGAUACCGAUAACAGUAGUGCUGUUAACGAAAACAUUCUUGUAGACGAGCUAGUCAAUGGAACUCAGGAAUCGCUGGGAACGAACAUAACAGGUGGCUUCGAACCUGGAGCAGUGUUUAAGUAUGAGUGUUACACCGGGUAUAGUUUUCGGGAUACGGACACUGUGACGUGCACAAAGAACGGAACCUGGACUGUCUUGCCGGAAUGCAUGCCAGAUUGUGAUGUACCACCGGAAGUAUCUAACGCUACCAUCACUUAUAACGGCACUGGGUUUGGCUCGUCAGCGUUGUAUACUUGCGACACGGACUUUUACUUGAUUGGACCAUCUACAAUAUAUUGUUCAGACAAUAGUACCUGGUCCGCCCCACCACGAUGCGUACAAGUGUACUGUGGAUCUCCGGUUCUAAUUGCAAAUGGCACGACAGUUUAUAACUCUACAGCUGUUGGAUCAACGGCAUCCUACACCUGUCAGUCGGGCUUUACCCUAGUUGGACCUGACUUAGUUACGUGUUUGGAGAAUGGGACAGGGUACUGGUCCACGGAACCCGAGUGUGUUAUUGAUUGCGGAGAACCUGUUCAAAUUGCAAACGGAACUGCAAUUUACAAUACGACUAUCCUUGGAUCAAACGCGUCAUACACUUGCCAGUCAGGGUUUGGGUUGAAGGGAACAAACUUGGUAACGUGUAUGGACGAUGGGUACUGGACAAAGGAACCGCAAUGUGCUACUGUCUGCAAUUCCCCACCUGCGUUAGCAAACGGUUAUGUUGCUUCCCAAAAUGGUCUGUUCGUCGGAGACGUUGUGAAAUACAGCUGUAAUGGCAACUUCACCCUGCAGGGAGCGGAUGUAGCUUGUCUGGCUAGCGGCUCUUGGAGUACCCUCCCUGUUUGUAAACCAGACUGUGGCCCUAAACCUGUUGUAAAUUACUCCAUGUCAUACGACGUGGACCUUUGCGACAACAGCAGUUGCGUGUGCACCCAGGCCUCCUGCGAGUGUGAUGGUCUGGUAUAUACCAACGCCAUGCAACGCUUCUGCAAUUCAACAGAUUAUGAGGGGGCCAGAUAUGUUUGCAAUGAGAGGUUUGAAAUGGUUGGGAAUGAAGUUAUUCACUGCGGAUUGGACUUUGAAUGGACUGUAGCUCCGGUUUGUGCAUGUGUUAAGAAGUCUGUUGAUUUGGUAUUCUUGAUCGACUACUCUGGAAGUGUGGGAAUGGUCGGAUUCAACGAGACAAAAUCGUUUCUUAACGAAAUGAUAGAAUUCUUUCCAAUCGCAAAAACGCGGGUUGGGCUCAUGUUCUUUUCGGAUAAGACAAAUGUGGUUUUCAACCUCGGUGAUCACUUGAACGAUUCGAAAGCCAUGGAAGAAGCGAUUAGCCAUGUGAGCUACCUGGGUGGAGCAACAAAUACAUACGAUGCCCUGGCUCUCGCCCGAGAGUCCAUGUUCAACGAGACCAACGGGAUGAGACAGAACACCUCUCAUAUUGUCAUCCUUGUGUCCGAUGGACAAAGCAAUAACAUCAACAAAACUGUAACUGAAGCCAGACGCCUGCGCGACAAAGGAGUGACAAUUUACACAGUAGGGGUCGGGGACUACGCCAACAUGGACGAAUUGGGGGCCGCUGCAUCCAACCCCUCAUAUUACUUUUCGGUAGACAAAUAUGAAAACAUCGUCAACGUCACUGGACCGCUGGCUGAAGUCACGUGUAGCGGUUAUGCUGCAGUUGUUGACGACUAGCUGAUAAUCUUACAAUUUUUACGUUGAAAUGCUGAAACUACUGACUGAUGAUAAAAUACCAUUCCAUUGUGAAAUAAAUGACAGGUGUUAAGUCUCA